AUGGCUCCCCAAGAAACCCCUCUUUCCCAGCUGAUUUCUGAAACUCCAAGCACGCCAUUGUCUACGAUAAAAACACCUCUCGAGCCGAAAGCCCGAAAUGGUGAUGCGGUCUCUGAGCAAAUCCUUUUGGCUGAAAGACGGAAAGAUGACUACUCCUACCAGAAAAUCGCCUUCUACACACUGCUAAACGUCAAGGAUAAGCGACUUCAACAGCUGAAGCUGGUAGGUAGCCAGCAGGCUCUCUGCUUGGCCGAGAAGUUUUAUUCUGCCGUGGUCCCCGUGGACGCCUUUUGUAAGUUUCUCGUGAGCUCAACGGAGCAUCUCAGCAUGUGCCCUUACUUAGGAACUAUCAAAGACAUGCUUCUCUCGCUCUGGUUAGGCCUUGCCACAAUGUCGUCCAUCUCUGUCUUCCAGAGGACAGUCAAUGAGUUCAUUCCCUAUUAUAUCUGCGAGACUGCUCUACGCGAUAUGCAGAAGAGCUCCGGUUUUGAUUUAAAGAAUGUUAUUCUAAUUCACACCCUCAAUGUCCUGAAGGAAAGAAGCGACCGCGUCGGUCUACCUUGGUAUGAGUCACCCAACUCAAUUCUGCUGUAUUUCGUCUUCAUAUUCAAGCCGUCAGAGAGACGCACGGUCCGCAAGCUGCUUCAGUUCAAUGCAGAAUUAGCGCACAUCCUACGAGCCGCACCCGCAGCUUCCACAUGA